UUUCUACCGACUCGACGAGCACCACAGUAACCAUGAAAUUGUUGGCAGGCCUUCUGGCGCUGAGCGUGUUGGCAGCAGUGGCCACAGCGACCACGCCCACAUGCCCCGAAGAUGACGGCGCCACGCCCGUCUUCUAUCCAGACGACACGGACACACACGGCUUCUGGGAGUGCAGCAACGGCAAAGCUGUCCACUUGGAGUGCCCUGCUGGACUCGUGUGGAACUCCAAUAUCAACGCCUGUGACUGGCCGCCAUCGAGGAAGUAGAUGAAACCUUACCCCUGUAUCCAUAGAAAGUAUGUCUGACUCAUUCCCCGCCUCAGCACAAGAGUUGAGCUUGUGGUUCUCAACCAGUUGUCAGUUCCUUAAAAAUGUUUUGCAAUGACGUACGGUACUGUUGGCUUAUGUUAUUGAACAUUAAUUUAUUUUAAAUAAACUGUUGCAGAAAUUAA